GCUGUAACAAACGUCACCUCCUGUGUUUAAUAACAGAUACCUGACACUGAUCUGAGAGCAGCCUUUUAGUUGUGAAUCCUCCAUUUCAACAUGCGUUUUAACACCAACAUGAAUGUGCAGAACUGACUCGAGAACAGCAGAUUGUAUGCUUUAUAUUUCUCCUCCGCUAGUUGUCACGUUUUGUAAACUUUCCACCGCUUCCUGCAGCGGCUCUAGUCAACGUCCAGACAUGAUGGCACUGAGUGCUUUGUACCACAGCCAACAGGGAUGCCGGUUGUUUCACAGUCACCUUAAACUCUUACAAACAUGUACCCGGACUGUCAGACUCGCACACAGCGUCUCACGGAGAGAAACCGGACUGUCACAGCGGAGAGAUCACUGCUUCCCGGUGAAUCAGUGGUACACCUGCAGAGCAGCUCAACAGCUGUAUCAACACUCCUCCAGGACAUUUUCCUCCAUACCUCCACCACCUUCAUCAGGGGGCAAGAAGAAUAAGAAGUCUGGGCCUGUGACAUGGAAGUCUUUAGCAAUAACUUUUGCUAUUGGAGGCACUCUGCUCGGAGGGAUGAAAUAUUUAAAGAAAGAAAAGGAAGAAUUGAUUGAAAAGGAGCGGACCAAAUCGAUCGGCCGACCGGCGCUGGGCGGUCCGUUCUCGCUCAUCGAUCACAACAACAAGCCCUCCAAGAGCGAGGACUAUCUCGGCCAGUGGGUCCUCCUCUAUUUUGGGUUUACUCACUGCCCCGACAUCUGCCCGGAUGAAAUAGAGAAGAUGAUUGAAGUGGUGGAUGAAAUAGAUAAAAUAAAGUCUCUUCCAAACCUGACGCCUAUCCUCAUCACCAUUGAUCCUGACAGGGACACAGUAGAGGCCAUGGCUGCAUACGUGAAAGAGUUUUCCCCAAAGCUGAUUGGUCUGACGGGACCAACGGCUCAGAUUGAGCAGGUUUCCAGAGCCUACAGAGUCUAUUACAGUCAGGGACCAAAGGACGAAGACAACGACUACAUUGUCGAUCACACCAUCAUCAUGUACCUCGUGGGACCCGACGGAGAGUUUGCGGAGUAUUUUGGACAAAACAAAAGAAGUGUGGAGAUCUCCAGCACAACAGCAUCACACAUGAGGAAGUAUAAGAAGGGAAAGUGAGCAGCAGCCCAUUAAAAAGCACACUGGACUAACAGAGUCUUUCCCCAGGUGUUAACUUAAAUCACUACUGCCAGGGUUAAGGUUUAUAUUGGCAACCCUGUAUUUAUUUUGAACCUUCUGAUGUACAAAGUUAACGUGUCUGCAGUAACAUUCCUUUCAAUGAGUGGUGUGCCGAGGAAAACAGGUCUGACGUCUGAUACUGUUUUCUGUAAUACUGUUCAUUCUGCUGCUGAAUGGACAUCAUUUGGAAAAGCUUGCAACAAGUGCCUCCUGCUUGAUAAAAUGUGAACACCUCAGCUCUAAUGAGCUCAAUAUCUGAUGCAAAGAAUGAGGAAAUAAUGUGGUUUGAUUUUGUGAUAAAAAUACCAAAUACAACUAUGGGUUUGAUUUUUUUGUGAUAGGCAAUAAGUCGUUUUAUUGUUUUUGCAAUAUAAGUAUUUUUAAAAAUGUGGUACCAUUACGUCCAAAUGCAUUAUUGAGAAACCAUUGAUCAGGAUUAAGUGAAAGCCUACAGCAUGUGUAGGAUUUGAAAAUGUGACUCUGGAGACUCCCAGUGGUCGUACAGUAGAGGAGAAGACACAACAGCACACUGCACCAGUUUUCACCAGGAUUGUUUAAUUUGUCUAAAAACGUAUAAUAAUUUUACUGAUGUUUGGUAUCACUGUAUGUCUAAUGCAUUAUAAACAUACUUAUAAUGCAUUGUAAUCUGCUUAUUAUUAACACAUAAGUAUGUUUAUAAUGCAUUUUAGACAUGGGAUUGCUGCCAAACUUUUAUCUUUGGAGAGAUAGUAGUGACAGCAUGUUGCAGAAUAAGACCUAGGAAGAGCAAUUUCUGAAGAAUGUGUGUGUUAUUGCUGUAAAUCAGGAAACAAAAGAUUGUUAGUGUAUAUAUAUAUAUAUAUUAAAAAAAUAAACACUGCUUCAAUGAAAGGAAA